AUGUUUGUUCACUCCAAAACGCCUCGCGUGGUUGUUUUCGUUAUGAGUAACAAAAUAGAUGAUGCCGUUUGUUAUUCUGCGGGCUCAGCCCACCUAAACGGAUUUCCCGUGGUAGUGGCCGGCUACGAUAUGCCGUUCGAUGGAAUUCAAUCCAAAUUUGAUUUCAUGGAAGCGGCCAUCAAGAAUGCGGAGCUGCAUCCAGAAGACGUGGCUAUUGUGAUCGAUUCAGACGCAUUCUUCACAGGUUCGGAUAUUAACCCAUUCCUGAAACGCUUCAUCAAGAAGUCCGCCGCGACGCCCGAAAAGCUGGACGUACUGGCGGUGCGGCAGGGCCGCGCGAUGGCACCACUCCUACUUGGCAUGGAAUCUGUCUGGGUUACACAUAAUUUAUGCAGUAAUCAUGAUAAUUCCAAACCUGGCAUUGAAGCCGUUUACAAGAAGGUGAGGAAGUAUGCCGCGGCACAUCCAGAGCAUGAGCUCACCUUGCCUCUUGGCCUAUCCCCGCAUCGCCACCUAAACUCAGGUGUCGUAGUUGCCCGCGUCUGGGCGUACAAGGAGUUCCUACAGAAGGCUUCUAAUUUCACAAGGACGCAAACCCUACCAUAUCGAAACGAAACGGAAUGGGACACUGAUGAGUCCAUUUACAUUGCGCUAGUUCUGGAUCUCAUAGCGUGGGAGGUCGAGCGGGACGUCUUCUCGAUGCCAUUGCAUGAGCGGCAGGGGGCACGGUCCCCUUACGAUAUGCGUGCAGGGUUAAUCGGGCUAGGCUUCGCUAAUACGUUUACGGGUUCUGGUGAGUUAGAAUACCAUAGUGCGUCCUGGGUAUACAAUGAGCACUCGAAGGAGCACCUGUUGAAGGAUAGUCCCAAGCAUCCGCACUUGAACAACUCAAAUCGUUUCAGAGAAAUGAGCCGUUUUGAGCGUCGCCUUCACAAGCGAGCGUAUGCCGACAACAGCGGGGAAUUUUACACAAAGCUUGCGGUGCCCGGGUGUGUUAAAGGGCAAAAGGUUACCAUGUUCGCCCACAUCACCCUCACGCCACCACUUUGGGAGAUCAGGCCAAGACAAAAGAACACAGUCAACGACUCGACGCGCUACUCGUACCCGUUUAUUUCCCACGCACCCGGUGGUAGUCAAAGUUUUACGAAAUUGAAGCAAAUGCGUCAUGGUCACGUCGGCGCUCAGCGAAUUAUGCGAGCAGUGCGAAAUCCAGAGGCAAAGUAUCAGGGCAUGGAGUACCUGGCAUCCGUGCCACUGUUUUUGUCAACGAAUCACUCCAUCAUUCGAGACUCCUACUACGUCAAAUGUGGCUUCCAUUUGAAGGAACGGUCCGAAAGGUGA